CUUAUACAUUUUUUCGUUAGUUUGCCAAUAAAACUCGCCGUGAAUACAAGUGACAGACAACUGCUGAUUUUUUUCUAUAAUUCGCAACGAUAAUCUUUGUUUGUUUUAGUAUAACAAACAAACAAAAAAAAGCUUCUCCAAUCAACCACAACUAAUACUACUGUACAACAACAAAAAACCGUACACACUCCACCACCACUCCUGCGGCACGACGAGUAUAUACACUUUUCUACACAAUAGUAUACAAUAAAUACAAAAAAAUGAGUCGUCUUUUACUUAACAAUUCCAAUGCUGUUAUCCAGCGCGCUACUGCGGCUGCUGCCCAUGCCAACGUCUCUGCCUGUAGCAGUAAUAGCGUGAGAACAACAUCACCGGUGUUAUCAAAACAUGUAGCUCGUCGCUGGAAAUCGUUGUUGAUUCAUGUGAAUCAACAACAAAACCACCGUCAGCUCUCCACAGCAGCAUUCAGUCCGGCUCAAACAUUUAACGCGCGCACUAGUCGUCUCCUCAGUAACAAUUCGUAUACAACGGAAUAUUGUCGCGCUUUAACAACAUCCGCCGUAGUUAAUUCAUCAUCAGACAAAAUGCCUGGACAAACUAACAAAUGUUUGCAAUUGGAGAAUAUCAAUCCAAAUUUUAUUACCAUGGAAUAUGCAGUGCGUGGACCAUUGGUUAUAAGAGCUGGUGAAAUUGAAAAAGAAUUGAAGCAGGGUGUCAAGAAACCAUUCGAUUAUGUUAUUCGUGCCAAUAUCGGCGAUUGCCAUGCUAUGGGACAAAAACCCAUUACCUUCCUUCGUCAACUUUUGAAUUUAACCUUCGAACCAGAACUGCUCAAUUCACCCAACUACCCCGAAGAUGUCAAGGCCCAUGCUAGAGAGGUUUUAGACUGUUGUCAAGGUGGCUCUGUAGGUUCUUAUACUGAUUCAGCUGGUUUGGAAGUUGUACGCAAACAAGUAGCUGAAUUCAUUUCUCAACGCGAUGGUGUACCUUGUGAUUGGCACAAUAUCUUUUUAACCGCAGGUGCUUCACCUGGCAUCAAAAGUGUAUUGGCUUUGAUCAGAUGUCAAGUUGAUGGUAAAACUCCCGGUGUUAUGGUACCCAUUCCCCAAUAUCCCUUAUACUCGGCCACCAUUGCUGAAUACGGCAUGCAGAAGGUUGACUACUAUUUGGAUGAAGAAUCCGGCUGGAGUCUAAGCCGCAAGGAAUUGCAACGCUCCUAUGAUGAGGCUAAAAAAACUUGUAAUCCACGUGCCAUUGUUGUCAUCAAUCCCGGCAAUCCCACCGGUCAAGUUUUGACCAAACAAAAUAUCGAAGAAAUCAUCAAAUUUGCUUAUGACAACAAUCUAGUUGUAUUGGCCGAUGAGGUGUAUCAAGAUAAUGUUUACGACAAGGAUUCGAAAUUCUUCUCAUUCAAGAAGGUCAUGACUGAAAUGGGUGGUCCCUACAAGGACAUGGAACUGGCUAGCUUUAUGUCUACCUCAAAGGGUUAUUUGGGCGAAUGCGGCAUUCGUGGUGGUUAUAUGGAAAUCAUCAAUAUGUGCCCCCAAGUUAUGGCUAUGUUGACCAAAUCAAUCACCGCUUCAUUGUGUGGCACAACAGCUGGUCAAGUGGCCGUCAGCGCUUUGGUCAAUCCCCCCAAACCUGGUGAGCCCUCAUACAAUCAGUAUAUCAAGGAAAAAGAAGGUGUUUUGGGCGCUCUUAAGGAACGUGCCGAAUUAGUUUACAACACUUUGAGCAGCUUUGAAGGCUACAAAGUAAAUAAAGUACAAGGUGCCAUGUACGUUUUCCCACAAAUCGAAAUUCCUCCUAAAGCUAUUGAAAUUGCCAAAUCCAAGAAUAUGACUCCUGAUACCUUCUACGCCUCAGAAUUAUUGGAAACAACUGGUAUUUGCAUCGUUGCUGGCAGUGGUUUUGGCCAAAAACCUGGUACCUAUCAUUUCCGCAGCACUAUUUUACCUCAAACAGCCGUGUUGAAAGAUAUGAUGAACAAAUUCCAAAAAUUCCAUGCUGAAUUUAUGCAAAAAUAUAAAUAAAUAAAUAUAAUAUUUAUUUUUUAUAUUAAAAUGUUAAUAGUUUUUCCUGUUGAACGUGAUUUUGUAAAAAAGUUUACACUAGACCUAAAGUGUGAAAUUUGUUUUUUUUUUAGAUUCUUUGUCUUUAUUUUCAUUUUUAAAAAAUACGAUCUUGUUGUUUUUAUUUAUAUAUUUAUAAAAUAUAUAUACCUAUAUACUAAUUAUUAUAAAACAUAUGUCUAUCUAUAAAGAUUAAGAUUAAAAACAAAAAACAUUUAGCCAAACAUGAGAUUUUCUUACUCUUGCAGAUAAUAUUUUAUUUUGUUCAUAUCGCUUUUUCAUAUCACCGUUGUGAAUCGGCCAAUUGAUUGACUUGUGUUUAGUUUUAUAGUUUGUAACAAUUUCAUUAAACAAUCCAUCGAUGUGAUGUGAAUACUAAAUUCUAUAUGCAUAAUUAUUUAAUUAAUUAUUGACAAUAAUUUUGUUUAAUUUCUGAAAAGGAACACAACUAUACUGAUGAAUAUAAUAUGUUUGCGAUUUAUAUAAAAAAGUAACAAUAAAGUUUGCAAUUAAGUUAUUCGAAAAUGUUUAAA